ACCCUGUUGCUCCGGCUGUCUCUGUCUAUCUGCCAGGGUCUCUGGGCGGCCGCCCCAGACCGGCAGUGUGGGCUUGGGAUCCUCCUGUGACCUCUCCGGCCUAGGUCCCCUCAGCCACUCUGCCCCAAGAUGGGUCGUGGGGCCGGCCGUGAGUACUCACCUGCCGCUACCACUGCAGAGAAUGGGGGCGGCAAGAAGAAGCAGAAGGAGAAGGAGCUGGAUGAGCUGAAGAAGGAGGUGGCGAUGGAUGACCACAAGCUGUCCUUGGAUGAGCUGGGCCGCAAGUACCAAGUUGACCUGUCCAAGGGCCUCACCAACCAGCGGGCUCAGGACGUUCUGGCUCGGGAUGGGCCCAACGCCCUCACUCCACCCCCGACAACCCCUGAGUGGGUCAAGUUCUGCCGUCAGCUUUUCGGGGGCUUCUCCAUCCUGCUGUGGAUUGGGGCCAUCCUGUGCUUCCUGGCCUUUGGCAUCCAGGCUGCCAUGGAGGAUGAGCCAUCCAAUGACAACCUAUAUCUGGGUGUGGUGCUGGCAGCUGUGGUCAUCGUCACUGGCUGCUUUUCCUACUACCAGGAGGCCAAGAGCUCCAAGAUCAUGGAUUCCUUUAAGAACAUGGUGCCUCAGCAAGCCCUCGUCAUCCGGGAGGGAGAGAAGAUGCAGAUCAAUGCGGAGGAGGUGGUGGUGGGAGACCUGGUGGAGGUGAAGGGUGGGGACAGAGUCCCUGCUGACCUCCGGAUCAUCUCUUCUCACGGCUGUAAGGUGGAUAACUCAUCCCUAACAGGGGAGUCGGAGCCCCAGACCCGCUCCCCUGAGUUCACGCAUGAGAACCCCCUGGAGACCCGUAAUAUCUGUUUCUUCUCAACCAACUGCGUGGAAGGCACCGCCAGAGGCAUCGUGAUUGCCACAGGUGACCGGACUGUGAUGGGCCGCAUAGCCACUCUCGCCUCAGGCCUAGAGGUUGGGCGGACGCCCAUAGCCAUGGAGAUCGAACACUUCAUCCAGCUGAUCACAGGGGUGGCUGUGUUCCUGGGGGUCUCCUUCUUCGUGCUGUCCCUCAUCUUGGGCUACAGCUGGCUGGAAGCGGUCAUCUUCCUCAUUGGCAUCAUCGUGGCCAACGUGCCUGAGGGGCUCCUGGCCACUGUCACUGUGUGCCUGACGCUGACAGCCAAGCGCAUGGCGAGGAAGAACUGCCUGGUGAAGAACCUGGAGGCGGUGGAGACGCUGGGCUCCACGUCCACCAUCUGCUCAGACAAGACGGGCACCCUCACCCAGAACCGCAUGACUGUCGCCCACAUGUGGUUUGACAACCAGAUCCAUGAGGCUGACACCACUGAAGAUCAGUCUGGGGCCACAUUUGACAAACGGUCCCCUACAUGGACCGCCCUGUCUCGGAUCGCUGGUCUCUGCAACCGAGCCGUCUUCAAGGCUGGGCAGGAGAACAUCUCUGUGUCCAAGCGGGACACAGCUGGCGACGCCUCUGAAUCUGCUCUGCUCAAGUGCAUCGAGCUGUCCUGUGGCUCUGUGAGGAAGAUGAGGGACAGGAACCCCAAGGUGGCAGAGAUUCCUUUCAACUCUACCAACAAGUACCAGCUGUCCAUCCAUGAGCGGGAAGACAGCCCCCAGAGCCAUGUGCUGGUGAUGAAGGGGGCCCCGGAGCGCAUCCUGGACCGAUGCUCCACCAUUCUGGUACAGGGCAAGGAGAUUCCUCUGGACAAAGAGAUGCAAGAUGCCUUUCAGAACGCCUACAUGGAGCUGGGAGGCCUGGGGGAGCGUGUGCUGGGGUUCUGCCACCUGAAUCUGCCUUCCGGAAAGUUUCCUCGUGGCUUCAAAUUCGACACAGAUGAACUGAACUUUCCCACAGAGAAGCUCUGUUUUGUGGGGCUCAUGUCUAUGAUUGACCCACCCCGGGCAGCUGUGCCAGAUGCUGUGGGCAAGUGCCGAAGUGCGGGCAUCAAGGUAAUCAUGGUGACCGGAGACCACCCCAUCACCGCCAAGGCCAUCGCCAAAGGUGUGGGCAUCAUAUCAGAGGGUAAUGAGACGGUGGAGGACAUCGCAGCCCGGCUCAACAUUCCUGUGAGCCAAGUCAACCCCAGAGAAGCCAAGGCCUGUGUGGUGCACGGCUCAGACCUGAAGGACAUGACGCCCGAGCAGCUGGACGAGAUCCUCAGGGACCACACGGAGAUUGUGUUUGCCCGGACCUCCCCGCAGCAGAAGCUCAUCAUCGUAGAAGGCUGUCAGAGGCAGGGAGCCAUUGUGGCAGUGACGGGGGACGGGGUGAACGACUCCCCUGCGCUGAAGAAGGCCGACAUCGGCAUUGCCAUGGGCAUCUCCGGCUCUGACGUCUCUAAGCAGGCAGCAGACAUGAUCCUGCUGGACGACAACUUUGCCUCCAUUGUCACAGGCGUGGAGGAGGGCCGCUUGAUCUUUGACAACCUGAAGAAGUCCAUCGCGUACACCCUGACCAGCAACAUCCCCGAGAUCACCCCCUUCCUGCUGUUCAUCAUCGCCAACAUCCCCCUCCCGCUGGGCACUGUGACCAUCCUCUGCAUUGACCUGGGCACAGAUAUGGUCCCUGCCAUCUCCUUGGCCUAUGAAGCAGCUGAGAGUGACAUUAUGAAGCGGCAGCCACGAAACUCCCAGACAGACAAGCUUGUGAACGAGCGGCUGAUCAGCAUGGCCUACGGACAGAUCGGGAUGAUCCAGGCGCUGGGAGGCUUCUUCACGUACUUUGUGAUCCUGGCAGAGAAUGGUUUUCUGCCAUCAAGGCUGCUGGGAAUCCGGCUCGACUGGGACGACCGAACCAUGAACGACCUGGAGGACAGCUAUGGACAGGAGUGGACUUACGAGCAGCGGAAGGUGGUGGAGUUCACGUGCCACACCGCCUUCUUCGCCAGCAUCGUGGUGGUGCAGUGGGCUGACCUCAUCAUCUGCAAGACCCGCCGCAACUCAGUCUUCCAGCAGGGCAUGAAGAACAAGAUCCUGAUUUUUGGGCUCCUGGAGGAGACGGCGCUGGCUGCCUUUCUGUCUUACUGCCCCGGCAUGGGGGUGGCGCUCCGCAUGUACCCGCUCAAGGUCACUUGGUGGUUCUGUGCCUUCCCCUACAGUCUCCUCAUCUUCAUCUAUGAUGAGGUCCGAAAGCUCAUCCUGCGGCGAUAUCCUGGGGGCUGGGUGGAGAAGGAGACAUACUACUGAGCCCCUGGAAGAAGGACCAGGCACGGGAGAGAUGGGGUGCUCUGGAGGUGUUGCCGGGAUGGUGAUAGGGAGGGAUGGAAAAAGAUUUGGGGAGAAAGAAUGAGGAGGCUAAGAUGGCAGGAGUAGGUAAGUAGGCUCCCAGGGUUUGGUCCAUAGCUGUGACUGUGAAUAUCCACGCUAGACCUGCAUCCUUUUCCAUCCCACUCCACUAUGUUGUCUAUUUUUCCAAGGAACUGAGGAUUGCCCCAGCCCUCCACAUGCCAUCUGCCUUCACCCCCACCUCCUAUUGAAACCAAUCAACAUCCAAAGGCUGGGACCUGUCUAAUCCAGAGAAGUAAAUUCUCAGAUCACCAGGGGUCCCGUCAUGUCUCCUCUUUCUGCUUACACCCCUCCUUAGCUUCCUGCUGGUUCUGUCCCCUCUGCUUCCCCUCAGACCUUGAAGUCUGAAGUCACAGAGGCACUUCCCUGAGUGCAAGCUGAGACCAGAAUGGAAAGCUGGCUGGAGAGGCCAAGGCUGUCUGGCAGUCAAGGCUUGUCAGGGACCUGGAGGGGAGAGAUGGGUGAGAGGUGGGGGUGCUGGCUGGAAGAGGGGGACAGCAAAUGAGGAGGAGCAGAAAAUGGUGCCGAUGACCAGAGAGAUGCUGGAAAAGUCUUGAGGCUUCAGGUAGAUGGGAUGGGCUCCAGCUCCAUGUCCUACCUUUUUUGAUAUCCCACUGGUAGAGCAAACUCACAUCCUGUCAGAGGAGCAGCAGAGACAGGACCAGGAGGCAAUCGGGGCAGCUGCACAGAACCACAACGAGUGCCUCUUAGUGCCACACAGGCCCUUGGCUAGCAGUCUUCUUGGUCCAUGGGGCUGGAUGUCACAGAAGCUCCAGCUGUCUCAGCCAGCUUGAAAACUAUGCUAGGUCCUUGGGCACUCCAUGCUGUUCUGAGGCCACAUAUAGCUGCUAGUUCUCUCCCAGAACCCCUCCCCCAACCCCUUCCCCUUUAUGCCCAUGACAAUGAACCUGAGUCAUUCCUGGCACUGCCAAGACAACCCUACAAAAGGAAUUCCCUGGCUACUGGCUAGAGUUGGGGUGGAGAAGUUCCCAGAACAUUCCUGUCUUCUAGGGACAUGCAAAAUCAGCUUAGGUCAUGACAUGUCAGACCCUUUGGAUAAGAAGAGGGAAAAUAUUAAAGACCUGCCUUUGACCUCUCAGGUGGCAGGGCCACUCCAGCCAGGCAAGGGCCCUUCACACUGAGGAGCGUAGAGCCCACUCUUUCAGACAAGGAGUCGGUUUCAGGUUCCUCUGGCAGAUACCUUUCUUUGCCUUCUUCCCUCCCCACCUCUCACCUUUGCUCUUCAGGCAGCUCUGCCCAUUCUCAGCCCGGCUUAGAAGGCACUGAGACUGUCCUGCACAGCGAGACCUAGACAAGCCAAGCUAGCAAGAGACCCUAAGGAAAAUGCGAAGCCUAAGGCAGAAAGGAGGGAAGCCCAAGAGAUAUACACUAGGUCAGGCCCAGCAACAUCGUCCCAGUGGCUAUUAUUUCGUUGCACUGGAAUUUUGCUACAUCAGAAGUACCUUGAAAUAAGUGAGUCAUUGCAUUGCCUUGGGUUGGAAAACUAAAUGUGGUACCAUAUUUAUUUGGGUCGGAUUAAUUUGUGAUUAUUGACUGUAGAAAAAUGUUUAUCUUCACACAAUCAAUAAAAACAGCCUUGGUUUUGAAAAUUAAGAACAUAAGCAAUAUUGCUAGAGGUGGCAUAUUUAGCCUACAUAAAACCGUACUUUUCAGGCACUUUAGGAAUAUCCAUUUAGAAGUAGCAAAUGCAUGGGCUAAUUAACAUCAAUCUUGACAUAUUUGUUAAAGAAGGAUCUUUACUGGUGACCUUUUGUAAGACAUUAGUUUGACGCACUACAUGUGUACUUGAGAAUAAUAAAGUUGCAUUUCUUUAUGAAAAAA